CAGAAUACUAGUGGUGCCUUCACUAAACCAGCGUAGCCCGGGGACCGGUAGGUCCGGAAGAAAAUUACUAUUCUGGAAAAAAAAGAAAAAGGUCUCCUCUAAUAUAAUCAUGUAUGUACAGUUUCAUAUUUGGCGAAAACGAUAGACCCAUAAAGACACCGGUGAUGGAAAGGUCUCGGGAAGGAGCAGACUGGGCCGGAUUCCGUAUGAUACCAGCGCAUAUUACAGGCAAGCAUUGGACAUGUACUCGCAAAGUGCACCUGAUUUGACACCACGGACUAUAGACACUAGUUUUCUUUUCUCUGUUCCCACCUUCCGUGUUUUGUGGAUUUUUGGAAUAGACGGCUUCUUGUGGGACACCCUUUUGGCUUUUUUUUUCAGUCACCCAUACCACGGUUUCUUUUUAAACUUGAUUGGUCAGCAGCUGGCAGCUACUGCUGCGUAAUUUGAAACGGUAACUGUCAAUUUGUGAGUCUGCAAUGGACACUGGAGGUGAAAUAAUCUGCAUUCACCCACAAAUGUCCUCGGAGGCGGUGUCUGAAGCGCAGGUGUCUCUGAAGGAACUUCCCAUGGACAGCUGGAUGGACCACCUGCCCUGUGCUCUAUGGGACGUUCCCCUGAGGAACCUAGCUAUACCAGGAAGCCAUAAUGCCAUAACCUACUGUCUGGAUAAGAGUGAUCGCUCCCCGGUCGACCUGACCCAACCUGAUUUGCUGCAGAAGCUAGACAAAUACAUGAAGCCCCUGAUACGCCCUUUUGUUUAUAAAUGGGCAGUUACACAGGAGGCGACAGUGAAGGAGCAGCUAGACUGUGGGGUCAGAUAUCUUGACCUGAGGAUUGCACAUCGACCCAACGACACCUCUACUGACCUGUACUUCUACCACGGAGUGUACACUACACUCACUGUAGAGACCGUUCUUCAGGAGAUCAGAUCAUGGCUAGAUAUCCAUUCCAGAGAGGUGGUUCUGCUGUCCUUCAGUCACUUCCUGGAUCUGAACCAGGACCUCCACACUGGACUUAUAUCCACCAUCAGAACCAUCUUCACCGCCAGGCUCUGUCCAGCUACGGAAGUGGUGACGCUGAGGAACCUGUGGUCACUGGGUUACCAGGUGAUUGUCUCCUAUGAGCACAGCAUGGUCAGCCUCUACAGCGACCUUUGGCCUCACAUCCCCUACUGGUGGGCCAACAAGUGUAAAGCCGAGGCUCUAAUCCAGGAGUUCGAACACAGGAAACAACAUGGCCGCCCAGGAGGGUUCUUUGUGACGGGCAUAAACCUGACGGAGGAUCUGCAGUACAUCUGCUCUCACCCCACUGAGUCUCUGAAGGACCUGGUGAUGUCCACCUACCCUGCCCUGCUCUCCUGGGUCAGGGGCCAGAGCCCCGGCUCUGACUCCCGCUCCCUCAACAUCAUAGCUGGGGAUUUUGUCUCAGAGAGCCACUUCGUACCCACCGUCAUCGCACUGAAUCAACAUUUUGUCCACUACACUGGUCCUUGUGAUGUUAGCAGAGGAAACUGACCCAUCUGCUGUGUCCCAAAUGACACCAUAUUCCCUCUGUAGCCCAUAGGCCUCUGGUCAAAAGUAGUGUACUGGGUAGGGAAUAGGGUGCCAUUUGGGAUGCAUUAUCUGACAUCUUUCACAGAAUAUCGUGUUUUAACUACGGAUGGAACUGCAGCGUGAUGUAAUAGAACUUUGAUUGUAAAAAAAAAAUUGAAUAGAUUCUCAUAGGAUAUAUUUGCACAAUUAUAUUGCCGACAAUGAAAUGUUUGCCUGUUGAGCUCCUCUUUUUUUCCUGACCUGCACUGAUUUAUUUAUCUGUUUACUUUGGACUUUUGUUAUCUUGUUUACUAACCCUAACCCUAACCCCUCCUCUAACCCUCCAACUAAUGUAUGUAUUUCAUAUCUCAGGCAAUGUGGCCACAUUUUAAAAUGUUCCUUUGACCUAAGCAAUAAUGAUGUGACUAAUGCUCUGUAACCAUCUCCGACUAUAACGAGCGCUAACAAUAAUACAGUAUAGCCUCUUCCAUAGAGCACAAAACUAUGGUGGUGUCACAAAUGGAACCAGACGCUAAAUAGUGCACUACUUUUCACCGGGCACUGAUCAAAAGUAGUGCACUAUGUAGGGAAUAGGGUGCCAUUUGGCAAGCAAACCACGUUACAAAAUGUUAAGCACCUACGAUGUAUUUCCAUUAGCUAUCCAGGAUCUGUGGUUGAAUCGCCAUAGUUACAACGUUAAUGCUGUCCAACUGAAGAACAGGUCUGUCCCAAAAGGCUCCCUAUUCCCUACGUGGUGCACUUCUUUUGACCAGGGCCCAUAGGGAAUAGGGAGCCAUUUGGAAUGCACUCCAGAUCAAACCUACAUGAACCAUUGCACGAUAUCAGACACACAACUCUGAGCAUGACCUGCUAUAGCUGAGUUAUGACCUUUGACCCUUAACUCUUUCAGAAGCAUGCCUUUAUUACUACUGAAAAGACCUGUGGACAAGAUGAGCCUUUCCAGAAAAAUCUGAAUGUUUUACCUUACAGGUUUCAAAUAUAAUUGACCAAUGUAAAAAAAAUAAAGUGUUUGGUCUGAAAAAAGUAUUUUAAUUCAUGCUUCCAGUUCAGAGAUCACGGAGAGGAAUAGACAAGUCAGCGGUCUGUCAAAGGGAAUAGAUUACAAUGUGUCACUCAUUCCACCGAGGGCCGAGUGCUUUGGCUCCUCUCUUGUUCGAUGAAUAAAGGUCACUGAUUGGUAACUACCCUCA